AACGGAAGUGAGUGAUAAGGGAGUUGUGCUGUUUCUGUUUGUCUGGUUACGUCAUUGAUGGACAGAUUUCAGGAAGAACGCAGUUUGCAAACAAAGACGCUUUUUCCCUGGCGAGGUCACAAGUAGUCGUCUGUCUGACUCCUCGGUUCACCAGCGGAAUAAAGUGAAAAUGGGGCAUGAGGAAAUGCUGCUGCAUCCGUGACUCUUGUGAUAAUUUAAUCCCUCAAGGCAACAAAUCCUUUAUCCAGGAACUUCAGGAACGUCUCUGUUCCUCUCAAAUUGAUAACCAAUGCUGCUAAUUGAUGUUAUUAGAUUGUCCGUCCAGCAUUCUUUUGCAAUUAAAGAGCAGAAUUGAGGGUGCCCACAUAAUACCAGAUUGUGAUCUCAGUAGGAUGGCUACGAGAAAGAAAGCACUCCUGAAGGUGAUCAUCUUGGGUGACACGAGCGUGGGGAAGACAUCCCUCAUGAAUCAGUAUGUGAACAAGCGCUUCUCAAAUCAGUACAAGGCCACAAUUGGGGCGGAUUUCCUCACAAAGGAAGUUGUUGUGGACGAUCGCGUGGUAACCAUGCAGAUUUGGGACACAGCUGGCCAGGAGAGAUUUCAAUCCCUCGGUGUGGCCUUCUACCGUGGCGCCGAUUGCUGUGUCCUCGUCUUUGACGUGACCGCGCCCAACACAUUCAAGAACCUCGACUCAUGGCGAGAUGAAUUUCUCAUUCAGGCCAGCCCUAGGGAUCCCGAACACUUUCCCUUUGUCGUUCUGGCCAAUAAAAUCGACCUAGAGAACAGAGCUGUGUCGAGUAAGAGGGCAGAUCAGUGGUGCAAGUCAAAAAAUGACAUCCCAUACUUUGAGACGUCUGCCAAGGAGGGUAUCAAUGUGGAUUUGGCAUUCCAGACCAUUGCCAAAAAUGCCCUUGCUCAGGAUAAUGAGGUUGAACUUUACAAUGAAUUCCCGGACCCAAUCAGCUUAACAAAUUCAAACAAUCGUCCACGAAAUUCGGACAACUGUCCAUGCUAAUAAUGUGAACAGACUUUCGAAAUGAAUCAAAUAAUAUAAUGUUUAAAAGAAAAAUCAUUAUAAACAAACAAAAAAAUAACAUACAAAACAAAAAUGAUCAGUGUUGCAAAAGGAGAAAGUCUGCCAACUCAAUCUCAUCAUUGUGCACAGGUUCAGUUUUGCAAAUGAUAGUUGCAUUAUUAUUCUCUUAUUUUGUCAAUAAAAUAAAACAAAAGAUAUGUAACACUGAUCUAAUUAAUUUCACAGAUUUAAUUUUAUAAAAAAAAGUUCAGUGAAAAUAUACCUUUUUUCCCAAAUAAAAUUGCAAAAAAGCACUUUAAAAAAGUAAAUCAAAAAAAAUAUGAGCAGAGAGGCACUUUUUCCUUGCAAAACAAAUUAAAUGAGAAGAAAAAAGAAGAAAAAUGUGACAAAUGAGUGAAAUUCGGGCAAUUUCUUGGGCGACAGGAUAAAAUAAUAAUAUUGCGAUAUUAAAAUAUUUAUAUUUUUAUGUUAUGCAUAAUGUACGUACGACAGCAUGUUUUCAAUUUUGAAAAUGAUCGAUUUUUGUCUUUCGAACAUUUUCAACAAAAUUAAUGCAAAAGUGAAAAAAAAAUAUCACAUUAACAUUUUUACUUGCUCGCUUUAAUUAUAUUUUGAUGAAGAAAAAAUAAAUAAAAUCCGCAAUAGUUGCAUCAAUUUUUGAAAAUAAACUUAUACAAAAGAAAAGAAAAAUAAAAAUAAAAUGAAUAAUGUUCUGUAAAUAAAAUAAAAAAUAGAUAAAAUGUUAGAUAAAUUCUUUUUUUCUUAAUUUUUUAAAGUGCAUACCUACACUUUUUAUGUUUUGUAAUAACGUUUAAUUAAAAAAUCCAAGUGGAAGGAGAUUAUGGGUAUAAAAAAAAAGAAAUCAGUGGUACAUUGUGUUGCUGAAAUGUGGAGUAAAAUCGGUUAUAAAAUAUACAAUAUUAAUACAACAUUCUACUUUAUAAGAAAUAUAAAAUAAAAUUAAUUCCAAUAAAAUGGAA